AUGUUUCGAGUGGGAACAUGGCUGUACAACAAGGCAGCUCCGACGAGCGCCUCCACGCAGUCGCUUGAUGCACUGGCAGAGUCACAAGAUCUUGAGAGUGCUCUUCGAGCUGCUACUUACAUCAUGAAUGAUGACGUUGACGCUGCUGAAGAGGGUCUAAACAAGGGUGAUUCUUCUUUCCAUAAGCUUGGAAAAGGAAUCGUCUCGUUCGUGCGGGCUACAUUGGGUUUUGAGCAGGAAAUCAUGCGCCUUGCGGGCGAACGGCUAUCUGAGGCGGAAACGUCCGCGUCAAAUGAUUACCAUAAAGCUCAACAUAAUUCCCAUGCCCUCAAUGCGUACCGGUCGCCGAUUUAUAAUCCUGGGACUGAAUAUCUUCUAUGCCGAAGUAUGGCGCAGCUUAUGGCUGCUCUGGUUGGAAUCCUUAACGAAAGCCUAACGGAGAGCAUCAAGGCUUUCUACAAACUAAGGAAAGCGUACAUCGCAUUAGAUAGUAUAAUGCAGAUGGAGGAGAAAUAUCUGCAAGCGGAAGCUACAAAGAAGAUGGCCUCCUCGACCAUCUCGUUGUCGCCUAGCCUCCCUCUAGCAUUGUCCGCGGAGCCGUCAGAAAAUGGAAAGCACAAGCUAAAAACUCCUGGAAUAGAAGCCGACGGGGCUUCAGACUCCAUGCUCAAAAAUUCACAUUCGUCACGCAAUGAAACUCCUAUACCCUCAGUUCAGAGUGGCGAGCGAAGACUUACCAACGAUUUUGCGGGGCGCUCUCUUGCGGAAGCUGAAAAACUAUCGUCACGGCCUUCUGAGAGCCUUUCAUCCUCAACACCACACCUGGACCACGAUCCCGAUUCAGAUUUAUUUACAAAUCCUGUGGAUGUAUUUGUCCAUUCCGGCGCGAACCUCUGCUUUGGGCUUUUGCUGCUCCUUAUCUCGAUGGUUCCGCCUGCAUUUUCAAAAUUGCUCUAUAUUGUGGGCUUUAGAGGAGAUCGAACCCGUGGUCUUCAGAUGCUAUGGCAAGCUAGCAAAUUCAAUAAUUUAAAUGGUGCCAUUGCCGGUCUGGCCCUGCUGGCGUACUAUAAUGGGUUUAUUCGAAAUUGCGACAUCAUCGACGACUCUCCAAAUGAAACCGAAGACGGCACGGACAGCUAUUCGGAACGUCGACUCUCUGCUUUAUUGUCAGAAAUGAGGAAUCGAUUUCCCCAUAGCCAUCUUUGGCUCUUGGAGGAAUCUCUAAUGCAGGGGGCAAAGAAAAACUUGACCUCUGCCCUAGCGCUACUCUCGGGCGAUACCAAAAGCCCUCUGAAGCAGGUUGAAGCGUUGUGUAUGUUCGAAAAGAGUUUGAAUGCUAUGCAUCUUCAUAAAUAUGAAUUGUGUGCGGAAUCGUUUAUAGAAUGCGCUGACCUCAAUUCGUGGUCCCGAGCUUUAUAUUAUUACAUCGCCGCAUCAGCUCAUCUUGCCAUCUACCGGCAGAAUGCUCAGGAUUCGCCUUCUCUGGCCAAGGAGCAUGCUGCCAAAGCCGUUGAGUUAUUCCAAAAAGCUCCAUCCCAAGCAGGCAAAAAGAAAUUUAUGGCACGUCAACUUCCCUUUGAUGUAUUCGUGGCCCGGAAAAUCUCAAAAUGGGAAUCACGUGCCAAGGAAUGGAAUGUCGACUUUAUCGACGCGAUCGGCGUAGACCCGUUUGAAGAAAUGAUCUACUUUUGGAACGGCCACAGUCGCAUGAACAAGGAAGAGCUUGAAAAUUCUCUGAGAUGCUUAGAGUGGUCAGAGAGCGAGCAUAACAAACACUGGGAUCGUGAAAGUACAGACGAGCGUGCCAUUUUAGCUCUCCUCCGCGCUUCCAUAUUGCGUUUCCUGAGAAGACACGAUGAGUCGAAGAAACUCUUACAGUCCCAGAUCCUCGUGCACGACAGGGCGACAUUCAAAGGCCAUCUGAAAGAUGACUGGACUUGCCCAACUGCACACUACGAGAUGGCAGCAAAUUUGUGGAUGGAACGCUACGCGUAUCGCCCACUUUGUUCCACACCAGCAGAUGACCCUGCCAAUUCUCCAAGUCGGCCUGAAUCCGCCUCGGCAACAGACCCCAACUCUUCAUCGAAACCGUCAACUCCAGUUUCCUCCGAGCAUAUCCCCCGCUCAAACGAAAGCGUAGAAGCCCAUGACUGGCGUAAAGUUUGCGAGUGCAGAGAGUGGAUUGACAAGGUUGCGAAAUGGGAAACGUAUGAACUAGACGCCAGGGUGGGUCUCAAAGUUACCAUGGCAGAGGAGACGUUAGAGAAAUUUGAAGCGGCCAAUGCAAGCUAA